GACACAUCUGUAUUCCAUCCACUCUCUCCCUCUUUGCCCAUCCUUACCCUGCCCUCAUAGGCUCAUAGGCACUUAGGCAGAAGUCAUCUCUUCGUGAUUCUGCCAAAGAUCUGCCUGUUGGGUUUGUAGGGGGAGGAAAAAGAAAAAAGAAAAAAAGAAACUACAGGCAAAGUUUCAGCUUUGAAGUUGUCACCUUGGAGAAGUGAAGUCGAAAAGUGUGACACAAUGAAUGGACCUGUGGAUGGCUUGUGUGACCGUUCUCUGAGUGAAGAGGGAGCCUUCAUGUUCACAUCAGAAUCUGUAGGAGAGGGGCAUCCAGAUAAGAUCUGUGACCAGAUUAGUGAUGCAGUGCUGGAUGCCCACCUCAAGCAAGACCCCAAUGCCAAGGUGGCCUGUGAGACAGUGUGCAAGACAGGUAUGGUGUUGCUGUGUGGGGAGAUCACCUCAGUGGCCAUGGUUGACUACCAGCGGGUGGUGAGAGACACCAUCAAGCACAUUGGCUAUGAUGACUCUGCCAAGGGCUUCGACUUCAAGACCUGCAAUGUGCUAGUGGCUCUGGAGCAGCAGUCCCCAGAUAUUGCCCAAUGUGUCCACCUAGACAGAACUGAAGAGGAUGUUGGUGCAGGAGAUCAGGGUCUGAUGUUUGGCUAUGCCACUGAUGAGACAGAGGAAUGCAUGCCCCUUACCAUUGUACUCGCUCACAAACUCAACACCCGGAUGGCAGAUCUGAGGCGCUCUGGUGUCCUUCCCUGGCUGAGACCUGAUUCUAAGACUCAGGUAACAGUUCAGUACAUGCAGGAUAAUGGUGCAGUCAUUCCUGUGCGCAUCCAUACCAUAGUCAUCUCUGUGCAACACAACGAAGACAUCACACUGGAAGCCAUGCGAGAGGCCCUGAAGGAACAGGUGAUCAAAGCUGUGGUGCCAGCCAAGUACCUGGAUGAAGAUACUAUCUACCACCUGCAGCCAAGUGGACGGUUUGUCAUUGGAGGUCCCCAGGGGGAUGCAGGUGUCACAGGCCGCAAGAUUAUUGUGGACACAUAUGGAGGCUGGGGUGCCCAUGGUGGUGGUGCCUUCUCUGGAAAGGACUACACCAAGGUGGACCGCUCAGCAGCUUAUGCUGCCCGCUGGGUGGCCAAGUCCCUGGUAAAGGCUGGACUCUGCCGGAGAGUGCUUGUUCAGGUGUCCUAUGCCAUUGGUGUGGCAGAACCUCUGUCCAUUUCCAUCUUCACCUACGGGACCUCCAAGAAGACCGAGCGGGAGCUGCUAGAGGUGGUGAACAAGAACUUUGACCUCCGGCCUGGUGUUAUUGUCAGGGACUUGGAUCUGAAAAAGCCCAUCUACCAGAAGACUGCGUGCUAUGGCCAUUUCGGGAGAAUCGAGUUUCCCUGGGAGGUCCCCAAGAAGCUUGUGUUUUAGAGC